AUGUUUUUCAAAUCGGCUUUGCUGGCCACGGCCGCCUUCUCCGCUUCAGCAUUCGCAGCUUUUGGUAUAACCCAAUCGGGAGAUAAUAUUGUAGUCGAUGCAGGCUCAGACAAUGCUUUGAAAUUUACAGUGAACGCAAAGAGUUGUGACAUAACGUCGAUCCUCUACAGAGGAGAGGAGUUGCAGGAUAAGGCAAAGGGAUCGCACAUCUCUUCCGGUCUUGGAUCGGCUACCGUUAAGUCUGAGACAAUCUCAGGCAAAUAUGCCAAAAUCACCUGCACCACUUCCACGUUAACGCACUAUCUCGUCGUUCGCUCUGGAGAAUCCACGAUAUGGAUGGCUACCCACACCACCGCUGAGCCGGACAUUGGCGAGCUCCGCUUCAUUGCUCGACUGUCGUCUAGCAAACUCCCGCUCGAGUACCCAUUCGGAGCCGUUUCCACUACCGCAGGAUCCUCGUCUACCGUCGAGGGCUCUGAUGUCUUCGUCGUCAACGGCCAGACACGGUCCAAAUUCUACUCCUCGGAGCGAUUUAUCGACGACUACACGCACUGUGUGAAGCGAGAGAGCGAUACGAUCCACGCCUGCAUCCUCUUGAACUCGUACUCCUACGAAGGCAGCUCUGGAGGCCCCUUCUUCCGUGACAUCAACACCAACAACGCUGGCGAUGCCACCAACCUCUACUUCUACAUGAACAGCGGCCAUGUUCAGACCGAGAGCUUCCGCAUGGGUCUGCACGGCCCCUAUGCCCUCCAGUUCUCUCGCUCUGGAGUGCCCAAUGGAAAGACCAUGGACUCAACCUUCUUCUCCGAACUCGGCAUCCAGGGCUACGUGGCCGCCUCUGGCCGCGGAACCGUGAGUGGAACAGCCACGGGUGUCAACAGCAAGUUCCAAAGGGUUCUGCACUGGUACAACAAAGACGCGCAGUACUGGGCAUACGCCAACUCCGCAGGCGCCUUCACGAGCCCCGCGAUGAAGCCCGGAACCUACACGCAGGUGCUGUACCAGGGGGAAUUCAAAGUGGGCAGCUCAUCGGUCACUGUAUCAGCAGGAAAGGCCACCACGGCCAACAUCGCCGCGUCGACGCAGUCCCGCAACACCAUCUGGCAAAUUGGCGAGUGGGACGGCCAGCCCACUGGAUUCCGCAACGCAGACAAGCAGCUCCGCAUGCACCCCUCCGACUCCCGCAUGUCGUCCUGGGGUCCUUUGACUUACACCGUUGGCUCGUCGUCUCUCGACAGCAUUCCCAUGGCGCUCUUCAAGGGUUCAAAUGCGCCUCUCACUAUCAAGUUCAAGCUCGACGCUACCCAGGCCAGCGGCGCUGCUACUCUUCGUGUUGGUACUACGCUUUCUUUCACCGGUGCUCGUCCCUCCGCUUCCAUCAACUCGUACAAUGCUGCUACGCCCGCUGCGCCGACCAAGAUCGACAGCCGUGGCGUAACUCGAGGCGCUUACAGAGGCUUUGGAGAGGUUUACGACUACGUUAUCCCAGCCGGCACGCUCAAGAAUGGUGACAACACUAUUACUAUCAACGUCGCUAGCGGUAGCAGCGGCGACCUCUAUCUCGCUCCUAAUGUCAUCCUCGACGCCAUAGAGCUCUUCAAGUAGAGGAGAAUGGCUUGUGCUAGGAUUGUAAAUUGCACGUUCGAGAACUCGAGGAGUUGAGGCUCAGACUGCUCACUAUCUUUCUUUGUAUAUAUUUUCUACCCAGAUAUUGUGGUCUGUGUGACGUUAUGUCCGAC